AUGGCACUGGAAUAUCCUGUACUGGUUGUCACAUGUAGUUGUAAACCUGGCUACACAGGAGAAUUUUGUGGAGAAGAUUACGAUGCCUGCCAAGAUGAUCCAUGCUACCCUGGAGUUGAAUGUACUGAUCUGCCGCCACCUUCUGAGGUAGCUGAGUGUGGACCAUGUCCAACCGGUCUUCGUGGCAAUGGAACAAAAUGUUUUGAUUUUGACGAAUGUUCGGAAGGCCGUGCUGAUGAUGAUUCCAAUACUUUCUGUGAACAAGGAUGCGAAAAUACGCUGUUGAGUUACCUAUGUCGAUGUUAUGAGGGGUAUCGUUUAAAUGAAGACAUGAAAUCAUGUGACGACAUUGACGAAUGUGACCAGGCAGAAGAUAACUGUGACGACAGAGCAGAAUGUAUCAAUACAAUGGGUGGAUUCAACUGUACAUAUAUAAAUGAAUGUGAACGACACUCUGACAACUGUGACACACACGCCACAUGUAAUAACACUGAAGGAUCAUUUAGAUGUAUCUGUGACACUGGUUGGACUGGUAACGGCACUUCGUGUAGUGAUGUAAAAGAAUGCAGUGGUAUUACAUCAAAUGAUUGCCAUCUUCAAUGGGCAACUUGUGAGGAAAUGGAAGGCAGUUAUUCAUGUAUGUGUAAUAAUGGAUUCUUUGGAGAUGGUCGCAAUUGUACAGAUACCAACGAGUGUGAGACUGGAAAUAACGACUGUGCCAAAGAGGGCGCUGUGUGUACCAAUACACUCGGAAGUUACCAUUGUCAGUGUGGAGAGGGAUACAGUGGUAAUGGCAGUGUGUGCACAGAUAUCGAUGAGUGUGAUGAAGACAAAGACAACUGUGAUGUUAAUGCUGAUUGUACAAAUCAACAAGGAUCGUUUCGUUGUAACUGUAGAGAGGGUUAUGCUGGCGAUGGUACAACAUGUACAGAUAUUGAUGAAUGCAGAAUACCUGAUAGAGCUGGUUGUCACCAAGAUGCGACAUGUUUGAAUAGUCAAGGUAGUUUCCUGUGUCAGUGUAAUGCAGGCUAUGGAGGCAAUGGUACACACUGUACUGACAUCAACGAAUGUAAAAUGGACAUAUGUGAACACGAUUGUGAGAAUUUUGAUGGUACAUAUGUAUGUUCAUGUCAGACUGGGUUUGUGCUGCUUGCAGAUGGUAUUCACUGUAACGCAUCCAAUGAGUGUUUGUUUCAAACCGAUAACUGUUCACAAAUAUGCAUAGACCUCGAGCAAACUGUUGAGAAUCCAGAGCCAUACAUGUGUCAAUGUGAAGAAGGUUUUUAUCUUGAUGUUGAUAGCAUAACCUGUGUAGCAAAUAAUACAUGUUCCAAUGGAACACAGUGCAUCAAUGCAACCUGCUACGCCAACAACAAUGGUACUGAGGAAAAGUGCAUGUGCUGGAAAGGAUAUAAACCUGAUAUUAAUAACGAUACUGUUUGUGUUCCAAUUAAUGAAUGUACUACAGAUAUCGAUGCCCAUACUGAAUACUGUGACCAUGGCUGUGUUGACAUAACACCAGGAUAUGAUUGUACUUGUCACUAUGGUUACCUACUGAAUGAUGAUCUUAGGACAUGUUCAGAUUUAGAUGAGUGUGAGACUGGUACUCACAACUGUUCUCAAGAAUCUGAACUAUGUGUAAAUGAAAUUGGUGACUUCCAAUGUAUAUGUAGUGAUGGUUAUUUGAACACAAGUACAGGAUGUAAAGAUAUCAAUGAAUGUAAUAAUAAUGGUACAUGUGAUGACAACGCCAAAUGCACAAACACGAAUGGGUCAUAUAUUUGUGAAUGUACAACUGGCUAUACUGGCGAUGGAGUAUUCUGUGUCGAUGAAAAUGAAUGUAACAAUGAUGAUGGUAUAUGUGGAUUACAUUCAGUUUGUACAAACACGGAUGGGGCGUAUAAUUGUUCAUGUCAAAAAGGAUAUGAAAAAGAAAACGGGAAUUGUACAGAUAUGGACGAAUGUGACAAAGAACAGAUAAUAAUUGUCAUAAGCAACAUGGUGAAUGCGUCAAUACUGAUGGUUCAUAUUUAUGUAUAUGUAUCAAAGGAUAUACUGGAGAUGGCUUCAAUUGCUUUGAUAUUAAUGAGUGUGAACUACCCAAUGACCAUGAUAACGCUGACAAUUGUGAUACAAAUGCAGAUUGCAUCAAUACAAUGGGAAACUUUACAUGUGAAUGCCAUACUGGUUAUCACCUUAAUGGUACUACAUGUGACGAUGACAAUGAAUGUGAUGCUAACAACACAUGCUUGGAUAUUAAUGAAGCAAUAUGCGUCAAUCUUCCUGGAACAUAUAGUUGUGGUUGUGCCAAUGGUUACCGUGGUGAUGGGAUAAUCUACUGUGAUGACAUCGAUGAAUGUAGGGAAACGCCAGACAUAUGUCACAUAGAUGCCAUAUGUAACAAUACAGCAGGGUCCUAUUAUUGUGAAUGCAAGAAGGGUUUCCAUGGUAAUGGUACAGAAUGUCAAGAUGAUGAUGAGUGUACCGAUAAUUCACACAACUGUGCUGUGAAUGCUACCUGUAAAAAUACCCAUGGAUCUUAUGGUUGCCAGUGCUUCCAGGGAUUUACUGGUGAUGGGAAAGAUUGUACGGAUAUAGAUGAAUGCGCACAAAACUUAGAUGAGUGUGCUGAAGAGGCUGAUUGUUUAAACACUAUAGGGUCAUUUGACUGUCAAUGUUUUGAAGGAUAUGAAGGAAAUGGCACUGUGUGUAUUG